GUUGUGAUAUCACAAAGAUAGCCUGAAAUAUGAAAUAAAGUUCAAAAAACUCCGAAAAAAUGAUAAAAAAAGGAAAACAAAAUUGACCGCCUAUUCCUAUUUAGCACACGUCCUAUGACUUUCAAUCGGAAUUUUUCCACCACAAUAAGCAAAAAGUUUUAGUAGGUUGUUUGCAUUUUUGUUUAGGAAUAAAAUUCCUUUUUUCUCAAAGAGAAAUGGACAGUGAGCAGUCCAGAACGCUCUACUGUGGAAACUUAUCUGAAAAAGUUACUGAGGAAAUUCUCUAUGAAUUAUUCCUGCAGGCGGGUCCAAUUGAUGAAGUGAGAAUCCCCAAAUCCCGCAGUUUCGGAUUUGUGACAUACAGACAUGAGGCUACUAUUCCGUAUGCUCUCAAUUUGUACUCUGGAACACGAUUAUUUGGUCGGGAGAUCACAAUUGCUUUAAAGACACAGCAGGGUAGUGCUCCCCCGGACCGAGAUCAUCCUGGCAAGAGCAUCCUAAGUCAUGGACCACGGGGAAUGACAAAUUCAAUGCCGGGACAUAUGACGCCCCAAAUGAGAGUGCCACCACCACCGCCGCCCCUCAAUGUACCCACAAUAUCUGGCUUAUCAAUAGACAUCCAGGGUUUGCUGCAGAUGGGACAGCACUUGAAUGCGAAUCUCCAGGGGGGCUUCAAUGCCUCCUCCCGUGGAAAUUAUUACGGUGACAAUCGCACCAAUAAUGAUCUCGUGAACCGUGGCAAGCACUACCGAAGUCACGAAAGCAGAAAACCCUAUGAAAAUAAUCGUCGACAGAGGGAUAUUGAUAAGGACCGCGAAAGGGACAACAAUCGUGGCCACUACCGCGAUAGGGACCGUCGUCAUCGUCGGUAGGGCGACCUCCACCUACAUCCCAUUCCACACAAAAUUACAUGUACAAAGAUUCAUUAUAAAAACGCGUGUAAUUCUCUGCCAGAAAUUUUGCUGUAAAAAAUACAUUUUUUCACUCCCUUGCAUAGCA